AUGUCCUCUUGUUUUGCCGGAGGAGCAGCGCAAAAGGGGAACCUCGACUUGAAGAAGGGGCGAGAAUCAACAACCCGGGAGCAGCCCGAACAGAAAGGUAGCGGCGUGUCCCCGAACCAGGAGGUAAAGAAAACGUGCACAGAAUCAGAUGUUUCAGAGGCUCAGAAUUCCAGGUCUAUGGAAAUGCAGGAUCUAACAAGUCCUCAUAAUCUUGUUGGAAGCAGUGAUAAUCCGAGUAGUUCCAAACUGGAUAAAUCUAAUCUCAGCAGCACGUCCAUCACAACAAAUGGAACAGGAGGAGACAACAUGACUGUUUUAAAUACUGCAGACUGGUUGCUGAGUUGCAGCACUCCCUCUUCUGCAACAAUGUCUCUUCUUGCAGUCAAAACAGAGCCCAUGAACAGCAGUGAAACAACCACCACCACCACAACUGGAGAUGGAUCGCUUGACACUUUUACUGGGUCAGUAAUAACAAGUAGUGGCUACAGUCCAAGAUCAGCACAUCAGUACUCGCCGCAGAUAUAUCCCUCCAAGCCCUAUCCACACAUUCUUUCUACACCAGCAGCUCAAACAAUGUCUGCCUAUUCCGGACAGACCCAGUAUUCAGGAAUGCAACAGCCUGCAGUCUAUACAGCCUACUCACAGACUGGACAGCCUUACAGCUUACCUACUUACGAUUUGGGUGUAAUGUUGCCAGGCAUCAAGACGGAAAGCGGGCUUUCGCAAACACAGUCACCACUGCAGAGUGGGUGCCUUAGUUACAGUCCAGGGUUUUCCACACCACAGCCCGGCCAAACACCGUAUUCGUAUCAAAUGCCAGGUUCUAGUUUUACACCCUCAUCUACUAUUUAUGCAAAUAAUUCAGUCUCGAAUUCUACAAACUUCAGUAGUUCACAACAGGAUUAUCCAUCCUACACAGCUUUUGGCCAAAACCAAUAUGCACAGUAUUACUCAGCAUCAACAUAUGGAGCAUAUAUGACCUCAAACAACACAGCUGAUGGCACGUCUUCAUCAUCAUCAACCUAUCAGCUACAGGAAUCUCUCCCUGGCCUGAAUAGUCAACCAGGUACAGACCUUCAUCCAGGGGAGUUUGACACAGUACAGAGCCCCUCAACACCGAUCAAAGAUCUUGAUGAGAGAACGUGUCGGAGUUCUGGGUCAAAGUCUCGGGGUAGAGGGCGGAAGAAUAAUCCAUCACCCCCUCCGGACAGUGACUUGGAGCGUGUAUUUGUUUGGGAUUUGGAUGAAACUAUCAUCGUUUUUCAUUCGCUGCUUACAGGAUCCUAUGCACAAAAAUAUGGCAAAGAUCCACCAAUGGCAGUGACCCUGGGCCUGCGAAUGGAAGAAAUGAUUUUUAAUCUUGCUGAUACGCAUUUAUUUUUUAAUGAUUUGGAGGAAUGUGAUCAAGUUCAUAUAGAUGAUGUUUCUUCUGAUGACAAUGGGCAAGACCUAAGUACCUACAGUUUUGCAACUGAUGGCUUCCAUGCAGCUGCAAGUAGUGCAAACCUUUGUCUGCCAACAGGUGUAAGAGGAGGGGUUGACUGGAUGAGGAAGCUGGCUUUCCGUUACAGAAGAGUAAAAGAAUUGUAUAAUACUUACAAGAACAACAUAGGAGGUCUCCUUGGCCCUGCUAAAAGAGAUGCGUGGCUGCAGUUAAGAGCAGAGAUUGAAGCUCUGACCGACUCCUGGUUGACAAAUGCACUUAAAUCAUUAUCAAUUAUUAGCACUAGGAGUAACUGUGUAAAUGUUUUGGUAACAACCACCCAACUUAUCCCAGCACUUGCAAAAGUCCUGUUGUAUAGUUUAGGAGGUGCUUUUCCUAUUGAAAAUAUUUACAGUGCAACCAAAAUAGGAAAAGAAAGUUGCUUUGAACGAAUAAUGCAAAGGUUUGGCAGAAAAGUAGUAUAUGUUGUAAUUGGGGAUGGUGUAGAAGAAGAACAGGCAGCAAAAAAGCACAACAUGCCUUUCUGGAGGAUAUCAAGUCAUUCGGACCUCUUGGCUCUACAUCAAGCACUGGAACUAGAGUAUUUGUAA